UGAGCCUUUUGCUCCUAUAUUUAGCUCGUCCCCGGGUGCUAAUUUCGACUGCAUGGCAGCCGUUUAUAAGUCCCUGGGUCGCCACUCCCCCUUUUCUCCUGCUUUCUCUUCCCUUGGUCCCAACUUGUAGUUUAGUUGGAGCAAAAAAACUUUUCCUUUCUUUCUCUUCCCCCACUUCCUUUUUAACGCCACAAGCACUUUCCCUUUCCUCCCUUAAAUAAACAAACAGAACCCUAGAAGUGUUUAUGAAAACAGACCCCGCGGCGGGUCGUCAUUCCGCCCCCAUCCCCGAGCUGUAGUUUUGAUCCACACGUAUAUAAACAAAACACGUAUCUGGACCUUGGGCGGAGAGGCGCCCGUUUAGGCGGCUGAAGUACCAUGGGGCAAGCGGAGGAGCUGAUCCGGACGGCCAAAAAGUUGGAUAAGAUGGUGUCUAGGAAGAACACGGUAAGAAGGGGUGAAAACCCCAACCACCUUCGUACUACGUGUUGUUUUUUACGUUGCGCUUUCGCUGGCUCGCUCUUGCUAACGCAAACCCGCCUUUUGCAGGCUUUAAGAGUUUGUGCAAUCCGCCGUUUGUUUGUUUGUUUGUUUUGCAGUGGCUUUCGGGUUACUCUUGGGAGGGUUUGCAAAUGGUUCAGCAGGCGAAGAAGAGGCGUUGCGUCUUGGAAAACGCGCGGGUGGAGGGAGGAGGGGAAGAGGAAAUGGGGUUACACAUUCCUUUCGGUCAAAGGACCUGUUCGGUUCGCCUCUGGGAAACGGGCAUCCCGCAAUGCUACUCACAAAGAGAAAGAAACGAUGUACCGGCAGAUAUCCUCAUCCGUAAUCUGCCAAACUCACUUCUCCUCCCAGGAUGGAUUUCUCGCCCAGGGGCUGCCAGGGCUGCAUGGCCGAUUCCUGGAUGGCGUUGGCGUCCACGGGGCGGCCGCCGUCGAUGCAGAUGCUCUUCAUCUUCUCGUUCUCUUCGUUCAGCCGGGUGACGUCCCUCGCCAUCCGCGCCGUGCCGUAGGCUUCCACUUUGCGCCAGAAGGUGGUGUUGAAGUGCUGGUAGAGCUUGGAGUCCAGGAGGUUCCACGCUGUGGCUUUUUGCAGAUCCUUCAGGAGCACCAGAGAUUCGUCGAAGUACUCCAGGAGCAUCACCAGAUGAAAACGCCCGUCGAUCUCGCGAAUGUACUGCUCGACCAGCGGGCUGUUGGGAUCCAGGUUGUUGUCAUAGCCCAAGUCGAAGAAAAGGAGAUUCUGGAGGUAGUGCGCGUUGUACCCUUUUGGGUCGUAGUAAUGCCAAGGGUCCCUCAGGAAUUCAGCCAGCUUGUCAUCGCCCAACACCUUCCAGGUCAACGGGAUGAUCCCCCCAAAGUAGUGGAAAGAAGACUCAAAGAGGUAGGCCGGAUCCCGCAGCACCGUCACGAAGACGGCGUCCGCCGGCAGCAACUUGCGCACCUCCUCGUACUGGAAGCGCAUGUGGUUGCAGAUGAUGUUGAAGCACACGCCGGGCUGGUAGUUUUUCACCUGGUUGCGGUCGAAGAAAGACGGGUAGUAGAAAUCGCUCCGUCCGUUGGGGAAGGCGAACUUGAGGCGGUGCUUCUCCCCGAAACGGAAGAGGAUAUUGAGGAGGGUGCUGCUGGCUGUUUUAUUUACUCACUCUGUCACGCUGACUUGCAAGGGUGGGACCGCGUAGGAGUACAGAAGCAGCAUGAAGCUGGUGAGAAGCGUCCCCAGGACGAGGCCUUUACCCAUGGACUUCCAGUUCUUCCUUUGGGGCAACAUUAUGAUCGCCUGAAAGAAGAAGCGGGAGAAAACGCCGUAUGGAUUCCAGUAAUGAAAAUCCUUCUUUCUUUGUUUCAGACCACCAAAAUUGGUGUGGCUGUCAACGCAGUGCGUAAGCAUUGCUCAGACAAGGAAGUGGUGGCACUGGCUAAACUCCUUAUCAAAAACUGGAAGAGGCUGUUAGUGGUCCUGUAUCAUGGAAUUUUUAAACUAGCCAUAACCUAUUUUUGA